AUGGUACUAGUUGCCGCCCCAGCUUGGUGCUCAGCAAUGAGAGCCAAACUCAGGGAGAGCUUUUUGUUCUUUGACACGUUUUCCCAUGAGAACACAGAGGAAUUGAAUUUAGACUUGGUUCAGUUUCCCCGUCCAGUUUUGGUGCAAGAAGUAAGGGUUAUUCCCCUUGGUACUCGAGUCCAGGUCAAUGUGCCAGGAGGGGAACGAUUAGGCGCAACAAACCCUUCAUCUUUCAAGUUGGAAUUCUUCAUCAACAACCUUAGUAAACCUAACUCUGCUGUGUUUGAAAAGCUUGGCAUACUAGAUUACAAGAAGAACGUUGAGAUACAGUUCUUACCCCCAGAGAAUCUACCAACAGAUGGUCUAAUCCUUAAAGGGUGGUACACAACAAUAACUCUAGCAGUGUAUGGUACGCUGACAACUGUAACAAAGGACCGUAACUCUCCUCCACCUCCCCCGCCCCCACAGCAGCCAGCGUCUAGGAGCAAAGCCAUAGAAGGCCGAGCUACAGAGUGGGAACCGCCCAGGGACCCCCCUCGUGAGCCCCGUCAGCAUCCUCUAGAUUUCAUCACUCAGAUCUCCCAGCAGGCCCUACAGCAGCCCCACACACCAGCUUCCCACCCCACACAACCCCUCUCCACCUCCCCGCGCCCUGAUCUCUACCCCGCACUGAGCUCAGAGCACUCCCCUGCUCCCAGGGACACCACUCAGGAGUAUGGUCGGCAGGCCUCGGACUUCUCCACCGACACCAGGGAGCGAGACAGUCAGAGGGAGAUGAGGGAUGUAUCUGCCCCUCGUGAGCCUCACAGGGACUAUCGUGGGCCUCCAGAGCCCCGAGAACCCUACACAAGCCCAUACUAUGAAGAGCGACGAUCUAAGGACUUCGAUCGCCCCUACUACAGAGAGAGGAGAGACUCUCAAAGCUCACGGGACAGUGACUAUGGCAGAGACAUUCACAGCUCACGGGAAGGUUCGCGAGAGCCUAGGGAGUUCAGGGGCAGCAGCCGAGACUCGCGUGACUUCAGGGAACGUGACUCAGACAGAGACUGGGACCAUAACCGAGACAGAGACUUGGAUAGAUCUAGAAGUCAUGAGACUGAUAGGGAAACUGGAAAAGAGUUCCCUGAUAAAGAGCCUAGUGACAGGCUAAGGACUCCACCCCCCAGGAGAAUGACCCCUCCCAGGUCUGUAUCACGAUCGCGGUCUAGGUCUCGGUCACGAUCACCUAUUCGCAGGUCGCCACCUCGCAGGUCACCAGCCAGACGAUCGCCAGUCAGGAGAUCCUUGUCACCUGCCCCAGAGUCCAUCAAACCCAGAGAUGUGCCUGUGGAAGACCAACCUGAAACAGGUGAACUUGAAGACAGAGAUAUUGGCAUGUUUGAACAGCUCACACCUGAACACUCUCCGAAUGAGCAGCUUUACCUGUCAGAUGGCGAGUUGCAGGGACAGGAGGAAGACCCAUACGAAGCCAUCUCAUCUGAUGAAGACAUGGGAAUAGCAGAUCUGGAGGCCGAUAUCACAGCUGAUAUAGGGUAUUAUGACGAUGACUCGUGGAAUUUUGCCAUGUCCAGUUUUAAUCCAUUCCAGUGUGACUUGGCCCCUUUGGAUACUUUCACAGACCCGUCCCUUACAAAGUACGAAGUGGAGGCUCAGAAAUGGGAGCAAAUGUCCUCGUCAGAGAUUGAAGGUCCACCCAAGACUGCCACAGACCUGAUAGAUAUCUACACUACAUUCCAAGACAGUGACCAUCACGAUAAAUGGGUGGAGGCUCUAGAGGAGGUACCCCUCAUGCUGACAGAAGGGCUGAGCUACCUGUUGCACCGAGAGGACAGAAAUGAUAUUUUAGAUGCUUUGGUGGAGUGGACCAUGGAAGGUUUGGACUUGUCAAAGGCGAUUGACCAGCCAGAGACAGUAUUCAAAGUGCGACACCUGAAGAUGGGCAUUAAGCUAUGCGGUAGCCUGGCCUCAUGUGAUCCCAGCAUAUCCAAUAAACUGAUUUCCCGAAACGUUCAACACAUCUUACUGGAUCUGUAUGAGGCACCGUCCAUGUCUGUCUCCCUGAAAGUACAAAUAGUCCGAGCCUUGGACCAGACCACACGCUUCAAGGAGGGCAUUGACUGGCUGCUAGGUAAACAAGACCUCCAAACAGAGGCAGAGAGCGACGCAAAUGUGGAAAACGGACAUGGCACAGAAGUUAGAUCAGCACCUGUGUCAGAGACGGGACAAAAAGCCACUGUUUAUCAGAGACUGUUAGAAAUUGUCAUGUCUAAACAGACGGUCCGCUGCGUGGUGGCCAUCACUGCUUUGAUGAGGAAGAUUCACCUGUAUGCCGUGAUGAAACGUCUUAACCAGGCCACAGAACAUGUGGUAAAGCACAUGUCCAAUUCAGAUGAUCAGCAUCGAGAUACAACACAGAAGGCUAGUGUUGUGGAGAACAUGUCGACGGAGGAGGAAGUGUCUAAACCCGGUGAGGGUGGAGAUGGAGGAGACAUGGAUAUGGAGUCUGGGCUGGGAGGCAACCUUAAUGAGUCUGAUGUAGAGACACUGGCGAUGUGUUUGGAGGAGGUGACCAAAGCCCUAGUUCUAGCCCCAGAUAUGAUUGGCCAGCCCAAGCGUGCCUUGCCCAGGACUAGCUUGUUUGAGGUUAGCCAUGCGCCGUAUGACCCAUACUCCAACCUGUACCACAUGUUCCAUGCCUGCCGCCUGCUGGAGUGCCUGUUCAUACUGAUGUCUUCUCCGGCCACAUUUAAUCACCCCAGCCUCUUCUCGGCCAUCAAGGACCUAUUCCAGCAGUUCCUGGAGACACAGAAUGGAUUGCUCUUCCUAAGUUCACGACCAGAAACUACCAAUGGUAUCAUCCGAUCCCUCACCCAAACAGCAGAUUUCAGCCGGGAGGAGAGUGCUGAGGACAUACCCACCCAGCAGUUAGGGAUGGAGCUCAUCUAUUAUCUACAGACUCUACAGUAUAUUGACCAACUCAGGCAUUACAACCAAAAAGGUAGCUCAGAAAAGGAUAUAGAUGACGCCGAACCCCUGGGGAUCUUGCAUAGCCUGUACACGAUGACCUUCAGUCCUCUGGGUCAGGACGCUGUGGUGCAUGUGUUCAGUUUGGAGGACAACUUAGGCUUGCUUCUGCCCUUCAUAGAGACCUCAGGAAGCGAUGAGAGGGACUGUCGACUGAAGAAGUCUGUGUGUGCCGGUUACACUGCAGAACUCCUCCUCCUCAUCAUCAAGAACUGUGAGAAGGUCUCCGUACUAGAGAAGUACUCCUCCAAGCUUCUCACUCUCACUGACCAAGAUGUCAGCAGCAAGAUCCUGGAGCUUCAGGACUGGCUAGCCCCAACCAAGAAAAUCACAGUAUAUAGUUAUGAGGGUCUAGAACCUGUGAUAGAAUUACUAAAACAGUACAAUGAAGAUAUUAGCAAACUGCCCCGUGGUCUGGUGACCACCCUCAGAGUUCUCACACAUUUGGCAAUUCCUGUAGAAAAUCCAUUUCAGGAAGAGUCCCGACAAGAGCUGAAGUACCUGUACGUUAUAGUGGAACUGUAUGGGAAGGAUUGCCUACCGGACCUCCUCAAUAUACUACAGAAACUAACAGAGCUGAUGUUGCGUCCAUGGCAGCAGGGUGUUCCUCAAUCCACCAAUCAGAUGUUGUAUUUGCUAAGUGUUAUCCGUCCUGCUCUCUCAUUGGUGAAAGCCAUCGUGUCCCAGGUUAUAAUGGCUAGAGGAUCUCAGUUCAAGGACCUCACUGCGCUGCCCACUCUGUUUGAGCUGCACACCCUGCUGUGUUCUCUGCCUGUUGCAGGAGUGUUUGGAGAGGACAUUGCCAAGGUACAAAGAGAUGUGAUAGACUGUUUGUUGGCUUACACACAGCCAGCACUGCAGCAGGCCCAGUCAGAUGAAGCUUUAAGCCAGAGCUUGUGGACACAGUGUGUGAAAGAAGCCCUCAAAUACACUGUCACUACACCUUAUGCUUAUUACGGAGGUCUACUGAUGAUCUCAGAGCUGUUGCCACUUCCUCUACCUCUACAGACAAGGGAGAGGCUAACUGAUGAAGAGAAGAUGUUGGUAGUGAACAGUCGUAAACUGUGGAGUGCCCACCUUCACCCUCUGACCAGUCAUCUGCUAGAAGUGCUGCGAAUCAUCGCUGGAUCCACCUGUCAGCCCCUGCAGCAGAUUCUGCGCCGCGUAUGUCUGCAGUUGGCUGACCUGGCUGCACCCACUGCGGCCAUGAUUGUGAGGUGUAUAGUUGAUGUAGUAAUGGAGAGUAUGGCGCUCCCAGAUGAUGAGGUGAAUGCAGAUCCUCGGGAUGUGGAAAUGAAGGAGAAGGAGGCUACGCCUCCCAAUGAUGUUGCUCCGCCUCCACGGCCUGCUUCCACCCAAACCACCCAGAUCCUCGACCUACUGGCCAACCUCUCCUCACAGCCACCAAUCAAAGCCUCCUUCCUGCAGCUUGUCAGAGAAAGUAAAGAUGAUGACAAGUAUGCCGUCUUCCUGACUCAACUCUUGCAUCUUUUGACCACAGCAUCACCCCGUUCUUCUCAUAUACAUUCCCAGGAGUGUGUUGUGUCGCUGAUCCAGAACUUGUGUGAUGUAGAAGUGACCAUGAUGUCAGCUGAUGGGAACACCACAGUACAAGAUCAGCUGGCGAAUGCCUUGCCUGACAAGGAGUCUAUGACGGCCAUUGCCCUGGCUUUGUUAGAACAUGUAGGAAACGCUGACAACUCCUACGCCUCUAUCCACCCCUGCCUCAGGACCCUCGUCAUGCUCACAGAUCAUGAUUAUGGCUUCUAUUACCUCAAGUGUGCCUUGGAGAAAAGUCGUUUUUCUUUGUACAAUCUGAUAAUGAGGAUCAGCAACACAUUCAGUAAGGACAGCUCUGAUAUUCUGUCUACACUGUCCACCAUUAUUGAGUUGCUACGGUUACUGGUGAUACCUGAUGCCCCCGACGACAACCAACCACAAACGAGGAUACAACACUUGACCAAUAAGGAGCUGCGAGAGGCACUGGCUUGGGAGAAAGACUCCAAGAAUCACCCCCUCAAUGAGCUAGACAAACUCCUGGUGGAAUGCAGUAAAGAUGAGGAAGCCUUGCAGACUUUGCAGGAAACAAUCUCUAGUUUGAUCCUGAUCAUAGGUAAAAAAGAUGAAGAGCCCAAACCAGUGCUGGAGCCUGAAUUACCUUCUGCUGAUGACCUGGCAACACAGUUUGAAACAAGAGCGACCUUUGUCCUGACAGACAUGGAUGAUGAUAGGCUGAGUCCGACAUAUUGGCUGGCCAAUCCGGUGACAGAAGACCUAGAGCAGGACGUUGACAUGGUGAAGUCAGACUUUCUCGACCUGUGCUCCCGCUACUGCCACGAUUUUGACCUGGAGGGCGAGCUGAAGAGAGCCACAUCCUGUGUGAUAGAAGACACGGAAGUCACACGGCCCAGAAAACUCAGGGAGAGAAGAAAACAGGACACCAUCAACACCAGUAGAGGCCGUGGUGGCAAGAGACCUUUUGUUGCCCCAAUGAGAGGACGUGGCAUUGCUCGUGGCAUGAUGCACACAGGCCGCACAGAUUCUUUCCGUUGUCGUCCCCCGAACACCAGCAGACCCCCUUCCAUGCAUGUUGAUGACUUUGUCAAAAUGGAGACUCAUCAGAAAACUCUUAACCAGCCAGGCGCCCCACAGAGGCGUCCAGAUAAGGAGGGUGGUCGAGGCCGAGGAAGGGGUGGUUUUGGAGGCGGGUUUGAACGGGGAGGAGGGUUUGGAGGAAAACGUGGAGGAAAUGGACGAGGCGGUGGAGGGGGAGGGAGGGGUCUGUUCACACCUCCACUUAACUAUGGCAGGAGAGAAGGAGAUUAUUUUCAAGGAAACCAAAGAGGAGGUAGACCCAAAUCGAAUUUCACCAGCCCAAGGUCGUUUGGUAGAGGCGGCCAUGAUGGCCGGCCAGGUUCUGCUGAUCGGAGAAUGGGCGGAGGGCGAGGAAAACCGGUUUGGUGGUCGAGGUGGCCGAGGAGGACACUGGGGCGGGCUCAAAGGCAAAGAUGAGAACAAGUUUAUGUCACCAGGAGGCUUUGGGAUGCGGGGUCGUCGAGAUCAAGGUGGUCAGGGGCGCCAUUUCCGUUCUUUCACGCGUUAAGCGCUGAAUAUUUAGAUCUCUGAACAGUUAGAGCCCACUGUUGACAUUGAGAGCCCACUGUUGACAUUGAGAGCUUACUGUGGGCAUUCACAGCUCACUUUUGACAUUCUCACCUCACUUUUGACUUUCACAUCUCACUAUGGACAUUUGGUGCUCAUCUGAAACAUUUCAAACUCAUCCUGGACAUUCAAAAUUUCAGAGCUCUGGACAUCCCAAGCAUAGUCUGGAAGUCUAGAACUUAGGCAUGGCAUUUGGAGCUGACAACAGACAUUUGGAGCUCAUUUUAUACAUUCAGACUAAAUUUGGCAAGAUUGCUAUUAAAAUCGUUUUGUUUUCAAGGAACUGGAUCAACGAAUGUGGUUGGCAUCUUAAGCAACAUGGUCACAUUGACAAAGAAACUGUCAAGCAAAAUUUGUGCCUGGAUUUACUUCUGUGUUGCGCACAGAAAUUCCUCAUGGACAAGCUUAUACAUGUAUUAGGAGGUCAGCUUUGCAUUCCAGACGGUAAGAAAGUUGUCAUUACCCUGCAAUGAUAAGUUAUAUACAAUUACAAGUUCAUGUACCUGACCAGAAACUACCAGUUCACCCAGAAGUGAGGAAAACAAGAACUUCUUUCACAUCAAUAGCAGUCAUUUUAUUUGCUGAGCAUUGAUAUUACAAGAUUUGCCAUCCUUUAAAUUAGGGCCAGAGAAAUCUUUCAUCAUUUUACAAAGCACUUGAUGAAAGUUAGUUAUGGCGCAGGCCACAAUAUGGCGUACAAAAUUGUUCAUAUGGUGUGUUACCAAAGCCAUAAUCAGUCAUUCAUACGCCAUCUGGUGGAAAAGACAAAAUGCAGUGUGAGGUAGUAAUUUCCUUGUACGUCUUCGCAAGUCACUGUGGACUGAUAUAUGCACUUGGAAGUUGUUCCCUAAGAAUAGAGCCAGAGCCAAGAUUACAGGCCACCUUCAGUGAAGACGGGAGCUUUAACUGUAGUACUAAUACAUUCAGUUGAGACUCUAAUGAGGUGGGCUUUUUAGUCAACCCAGAAACCUGAGAUUUCAGUGUUCUGUUUUGCUGUAGUAUGGUUCUUAGAAAUUUAACUGAAUAUUGUCUUCUUCUUCUUUUUUUUUUUUU